AACGCACACCUUGACGCGCCACCGCCGCGCCGGCCGUCAGUUGUGUUUUGCGUAACGAUCUUCCCGGAUUCAAAAAAUUGGGAGGAAGGGGUCCGGGAGUUUAGGGGAUUCGUCGGGGUUUUAGAUUGCCCAUCAUUCUUUAUUGAGGCAGUGGAUUAGUAGCCAUGCUCGUCUUUCUUAGACAUUUUAUCUCAUAAACAGUUUAUUUUAUAAUCUAAGUUAUUUUAUUUAUUGAUAUUACGCUGUGAAGUUUUUAACCCCGCCGCUGCUUUCAAAAUGGAUGAGGUAGAAAUGGACCUCAGUGAGCCGUCUGGAGAAAGUCCCCGGACUUUUGGAAAUGUUACGUUCAAGCCACCGAAGACUGUGAAUCGCAACAAGCUGCAUCCAUACACUAUGUACGAAAGCAGUGGGUACAUAUCUGCAAGCUCUCCAGAAAUGAAUUCAACAACAGGAAGUUUACCUUGUAGUACAAGAAUGACCAGAAGACUGUCCAAUGACUCACAAAUGUCAGUGAGCCCUGAGUGCUCUUUUCGUGCCAACAUGUUGCGGUCUAUUGAAGCUUCUCCUGACUCUGGAUUUGAUAGUGAGAGUGUCUGUGGCUCAGUUGGCUCCAAGACUGAUUCAAUAGUUUUGGAUGUGGAUGUGGACAUGUCAGUUCCGCCUGUGUCCGGAAUGAAACGUCCAGCAGCUCCAGAAGUGCCUGGUUCAGCACAUUCUUGCAGACUGGAGGUCAACUUUAGUGAAAUUGGUCCUCACUUGCAAAGCACACCAGUUUAUGCUGGUUCCAAACCCAGCUGUGUUACCUUUGCAGACAGUUGUGUUUUUCAACUAAGCCCCUCAAAGCGCAGGAGGCCAUCUACUAAGAAGGCAUCAAGAGAUUUAUUUCAAAGUAGACAAAAGGGGACCUUGCCAUCUUUCUCAUUAGAUUCUCCUUCUACUUCAAGUGCUGAACUGCCAUCAUUAGCCGGUCGUGAAAGUGUAGAUUUUCUAUUCUAUCUUGGAAAGCGGUCAGUGCAUCAGCCUGUAUUGGACUUAAUCCUGGGGCACCUCAGUCCAGCAGAUCUCUGCCGAGCCAGCCUGGUUUGCAAAUCUUGGAAGAGUAUAAUUGAAAAUAUACCUUCUGUUGCAAGAAAGAAACAGGAUUAUGUUGAUAGUUGUAUGGAAGUGAAAGAGAAUGUGACCCAGUCUACCAAGAAAACUGGUGCUGCUCUCCCAUUCCGUGGCCAAUUAAUUGAAGUUCAGAACUACAACCAUCCCGAAGAAAUUAUUUUGCCCGAACCACGAAGUCCUCCAGUCAGUCCAAGUAAAGUCAGAUUUAACUUAUUUCUAAAGGAGGGCCGCAAACUAGAAGAUGGACAGACCUUGGUCCAAUGUCCACAGUGCAAAUUGCCUGCAAGAAAGGAAGCAGAACCUGCCGCGAGGUGCACUAGAAGAGGCUGUCAAUUUUACUUCUGCGUUCUUUGUCUUUGCAAAUUUCAUGGUGAAAAAGUAUGUCCCGUUUCUGCCGUUAAGCACCGUAAGCGUCAAGUAGCCAUUGGUAGCCGGGAAAGCCGCAGGAAUCUGCUUCGUUUAUGUAAGUAAAUUGUUUGUUCUAUGUUUCCAGUAAUCAGUAAGGCCAAUUGUGAUACUAGCUAUACAGUAUUUUUGUAAAAAUGUAUAAAGCAUAAAGAUUAUCCAGUGUUAAAUUUAAAUUAUUAUAUCAGUAACUUUACAAUCACACCCUCCGAGGUUUAAAUUAUUAUUCAAGAUGAGAUUGUAAAGUUCAAGUCAAAAAAUGAGGUUUAAGAUCAAAUUAUCAAAAAAUAGUACAAAUGAAUGUUUUAUGCGUAAUUGUUUUAUGUUUGGUGGAAAUACUGUGAGUUUUUAUUCAGUGACUUUGUAAAUUUUAAUGAUUUUAAAGUGGCUCUUUUUAUAUAUAGUAUCCAAAUUACAAACACCCUAGAUUAUAUUGAGAGUUAGGUUCUUUUUUCACCAUUUUACUGUCUAAUUUUAAUCCUGAGCUCUUCCGCUAACAUUGUUGAGUACCUGAAACCAAUGUUCUGUCAUAUUUUUAAAUGCACUUAAGUACAGUCAAAGUGGGAGGUAAUGAAAGGUUGUUUGACCAUAUGUCAGCAGUUUUUGUUCUUCAGAUCAGUUUUAUUAUCAUGAAACAAGUAAUAUGAGCCAUGAACUACCAAAAAUCCUUUAAAAAAAACCUAGAACAAGAAAUAAAUAUCUUUGGAUCUGAGACAGAA